AUGCAGCUCAUUACUUUCGUUUCCGCGGCCUCUGCCGUGGUCGCAACUACCUCUGCCACGAUUUUGAGGAGCGCUGUCACCUUGAACAAAGACUGCGACAUGGAGAAGCCCUACGCUCGCAUUAUCAACCGUUGCGACUACGAUGUUCAUCUCUGGUCCGUUUACAAGGGUGAUGGAUGCCCCGAAGACGGCAUGGUCACUCUCAAGACCGGCGAAACCUACGCAGAGAACUACCCCGAAUCCACUGACGGCAAGACUGGUGUAUCUAUCAAGAUCUCCAAGACCAAGCAGUGCAAGGGCAACGACAUCACUCAGCUCGAGUACUUCCGCGAGAUGUCAGGCGAAAAGCAGUACCAAUACAACUACCUCGACGUCUCGUACGUUGACUGCGAGGGCGAGGAUUGCCCAGCACGCAAGGAUGGUUACUACCUGGUAGCAGGUGACCAGUCUGGAGUCAAUGUCGCAUCCGCUGGCAACACAUUCUGUCCCAUCCUGUCUUGCCACGACGUUGCCUCUUGCGACAAGAUCUCUUACGUCCUCCCCGAUGACGUUCAGACUAAGACUUGCGCUCUCAACCAGAGCAUGGACUUCUACAUGUGCGGUGGAGAGGCGCCCUCUGGCGACUACGGCUCUUCUCCCAGCGAAGACGAAUCUUCUUCUGAGUCUUCCGCUGAGCCCUCCACCAGUUCCACCAAGCAGGCCGAGUACUCCGCCGCCAAGCCUACUUCCACCUCCGCUUCCGACGAAGAUUCCUACACCGCUGAUAUCGAGGUUGCUGCUGCCGCUGUCACCCCUGCGCCCGCCAAGCAGGACGAGAACCCUUACUCGGGUCUUACCAAGACCAAGGUUGUCUACGUUACCGCGUACGAGUACGUCAACGCAAAGAGGCACGCUCACGACCAUGCUCGCCGUCACCAGCCUUUCCAUGCAUAA